AUGGCUAAACCAGGCAUGCUUUUCAAGUGGUUGCAUUCUGAUGUAAUCGAAAGGAACAUAAAGAAUACUUUUAGCGCCACUUUAAACACGUUAUACAAUGUUUGUCUUCUGGAUACUUCUCACAGAUCACUCUGUGACUCACUCUAUGAUAUCUUGUAUAAAGAUACAGACUUCCGUAAAAAGUCUCAAGCCCAUACUACAAUAUUUGGCUGGUUUGAGGAUGAAAAUACUAGAACCACUCAUAAAUCUUCUCCAGAAGCACAGCAAAACUUUUCCUUUACCGAAAACGAACAGGAAGCAGUUGUCGAAAAAUUCGUAGCUAAACAGUAUCCUCCUGUUAGCACAGAUUUCAAUAACGUAGAUCUUAUGUGCAUGCCAAAUUUUUUAAUA